UAAAAGGAAAAGAGUCAAAGGAGGGAAAUGAAAUUUAGAUUUUGCCCCAAUCACAACUGGUCCAAACUCUUUACCGCAGCGCGCAACUUCGUCGGUGCUCGUCGCGCUUCCACUUCCUCCGCCUCCGCCGCCAUGGCUGACAACCAGAUCCUCAAAACCAAGCUCUGCAUCAUCGGAAGCGGUCCCGCCGCCCACACCGCCGCCGUCUACGCCGCCCGCGCCGAGCUCAAACCAAUCCUCUUCGAAGGCUGGAUGGCCAACGACAUCGCCCCCGGCGGCCAACUCACCACCACCACCGACGUCGAGAAUUUCCCCGGCUUCCCUGAAGGCAUCAUGGGCGGCGAGCUCAUGGAGCGUUGCCGUCAGCAGUCUCUCCGCUUCGGCACCGAGAUUUUCACCGAGACCGUUUCCAAUGUCGAUUUCUCCGCACGGCCUUUUAGGGUUUUCGCUGAAUCGAAAACCGUCGUGGCUGAUUCCAUCAUCGUCGCCACUGGAGCUGUUGCGAAGAGAUUGCCGUUCACAGGCUCCGGUGAUGGUCCUGAUGGCUACUGGAACCGCGGGAUAUCGGCUUGCGCUGUGUGUGAUGGUGCGGCCCCCAUCUUCAGGAACAAGCCGCUGGCGGUGAUCGGUGGUGGGGACUCUGCCAUGGAGGAAGCGAAUUUCCUCACCAAGUAUGGUUCUGAGGUGUAUAUAAUCCACCGGAGGGACUCGUUCAGGGCCUCGAAGAUUAUGCAGAGCAAGGCGUUGAGCAAUAGCAAGAUCAAGGUGAUAUGGAACUCGGCUGUGGUCGAGGCGUAUGGGGAGGGAGAUAGCAAGAGGGUUCUUGGUGGGCUGAAGGUGAAGAAUUUGGUGACUGAAGAGGUUUCUGAUUUGAAGGUCAAUGGUUUAUUCUUUGCAAUUGGGCACGAGCCUGCCACUAAGUUCUUGGAUGGUCAGCUAGAACUGGAUUCUGAUGGCUACGUUGUGACAAAGCCAGGGACCACAAAGACUAGUGUUGAAGGAGUGUUUGCUGCUGGGGAUGUUCAGGACAAGAAAUAUAGGCAAGCUAUUACAGCUGCUGGCACUGGGUGCAUGGCAGCUCUGGAUGCAGAACAUUUCCUGCAAGGGAUUGGUUUACAACAGGAUAAGAGUGAUUGACUAGCUAUGGAAUGUCCUGAGUCCAAACAAUGCUUAAUUAGAAGCAAAGUUUAAUUGAUUAGAGGCAGCACUCACUGUACUCUGGUAUAAACUUUAUUUGUUUACUGGUGUUGAAAAUUUGAUUGCAGCGGUAGACUUGCAUUAUUUCAGAAACGUUGAAUCUUACAUUCAAUCGACACCACACGUACAUGUAUCAUGAUUUAUUGGGUUUAUGGUAUGUUUUGGUUAUUGUGAUGAUGCAAAGUGUUUGUUUGCAUGUGUUUGUAAAGUGAUAUGCUGUAAUGCAUUCAUGUUUUAUAGUGCAAGUGUAAACUAUUCUUCCAUGCCUAAAAUAACAACUCACAUUUCCCAUGUUUA